AUGGCGGUAAACAUUAGGGGAACAACUAGCGAGGUGUUAGGGGUUCUGAAGGGCUACUCUGGCGAACACAAAGGGAACUGGUGGUGUAACGGAGAUGUCUGGGAUAAAGUGAAAGCCAAGAAAGUGGCGUAUACAAAGCUAGUGGAGAGAAUAGACGAGAAGGAGAAGAGUACAUAUAGAGAGCAAUCUAAGAAGGCUAGGAAGGAGGCGAAGUUAGCAGUUACGAUGGCUAAGACUACAUCGUUUGGAUGUUCGUAUGAAGAACUUAGGGGAAACGAUGGGGACAAGAAGCUAUAUAGGCUAUCUAAGGUGAGGGAAAAGAAGCCCUGUGACCUGGAGCAAGUAAAGUGUAUCAAAGACGAGGAUGAAAAGCCAGCAGCUCUUAACGUUAACAGCAGUGGCAUCUCGACCACUGCCAAUAUUUCUAGCAGUGGCGAAGUGGUUCCACCAAUUCCUUUAAAACCCAUCGUUUAUGUGCAUGGGGAACCAACAAUUCAAUAUUCUAUGGAAUAA